AUGGGCCACGCACUUAUCGCAUCGAUAUCAACGUUGCCAAGAGUUCGUCGUGAGUGUCAAGAGGGUAAGAUGGUUAAAAAAACAUUUCCAAGCAACCCUGAUAAGCGUCAGUAUGCCGUAUUUGAGCUACUACACAACUUCGACAUUUGCGGUCCAAUGGAGCAAGAACGGCUUGGUGGAAGCAGCUACUUACUGCUGAUUGCUGACGAGGCCAGUGCAUGCAUGAAAGGAGAGUGUUUACAUGCUAAGUCGGGCAGCGAUGAUGCGAUCAAGACAUUCAUACUUAAGGCCCAGACGCAAUUUGGGAACAAGGUCAAGUUUGUACGGCAUAACGGAGCCCGCGAGUUUGCAACUAACACGCUCAAGAUGUUCUUCGAAGACGAAGGCAUCGAGCAGCAAGUCACAUUUCCAUAUGCACAUCAAACUAAUGGAACAGCUGAGCGUUCCAUACGAACGGUUGUGACUAUUGGACGCAGUAUGCUUAAUCACGCCAAGCUAGAUAAAUUCUUUUGGGCCGGACCUGCCAUGACGGCAGUAUACAUCAAGAAUCGCCUCCCAUCCCCAAAAAUGAAGACAAAGACUUUCUUCGAAAUUGUGCACUAG